AUGGUCUGCUCCAAGGACCCCAAGGCCGACGUCAAGAACCCCAUCCGAUCCUGGACCAAGGAGGAGGAGGACGAGAAGCUCCGAUACUACUCUUCUGAGAUCCACAAGGCCAGCUUUGUCCUUCCCAAGUUCGCUGCCAAGGCUCUUGAGUAA